AUGAAGAUCCGAAAAGCCUUUGUUGCAGCUUUCUUGGUGCUAUGCGCCAUUUCGGCUUACCUGGGUUUCGCCAAAAUCCACAUCCAGUACGAUAAAGCAGUCCACUUUACGACCUUCUUCAUCCUCACGCUGGUUUUCUACUGGAUUCUGGACACCUCGCGGCGACGAUGCAUCAACGCCAGUAUACUGGUGUGUACGCUGUUUGGAGGCGUUGGCAGUGAAUUUGCCCAGACAUUGUUCCCCCAUAGGACGUUUGACCCGAUGGACAUUUUGUUCAACGUAGCAGGAUCGCUUUUGGCUGUUGUGCUAUGUGCUCUUUAUCAUCAGCGUAUGCUUACCCGAGCUCGUUUGGCACGAUACCAGCCAGUGGACGACUCGGCCAUUGCGGUGGGCCCCGAUCCCGAGCCCGAUCUGGAGUUGGGAGACAUUGCGCCUGUCGAUGACGAGCGAUAG